CAGAGCGAACAGGAAGUACCGUUAGCUCUCAGCCAAUCGGCUUUUGCAAAGCGUCCUAAGCUGACGUCAGCCCGGUACCGAUGAACAACCGGUAGCAUUGAAGAGAGCUGCGUGGAAGCCCAUUAUCUGUAGCUUUGUACGCUAACCCCCCCUGUCUAACGUGCUAACAUCAUGCCUUUCGAUGUAAGGAGAUUCGAUAUCUACAGGAAAGUGCCAAAAGAUCUCACCCAGCCCACAUACACGGGAGCGUUCAUUUCAAUCCUCUGCUGUGUCUUCAUACUCUUCCUGUUCUUGUCUGAGCUGACGGGAUUCAUUGCCACAGAAAUUGUAAAUGAACUGUAUGUGGAUGAUCCUGAUAAAGACAGUGGUGGGAAGAUAGAAGUGAGUUUAAACAUCAGUUUGCCAAACUUACACUGUGAUUUGGUGGGUUUGGACAUCCAGGAUGAGAUGGGCCGCCACGAGGUCGGUCACAUAGACAACUCCAUGAAGAUCCCUCUCAACCAGGGUGACGGUUGUCGCUUUGAGGGAGAGUUCACCAUCAACAAAGUGCCAGGAAACUUCCAUGUGUCGACACACAGCGCUACAGCGCAGCCCCAAAGCCCAGACAUGACCCACAACAUCCACAAGCUGGCCUUUGGAGAAAAGCUCCAGGUAAAAAAAGUACAAGGAGCCUUCAAUGCGUUAGGAGGGGCUGACAGGCUGUCAUCUAAUCCUCUGGCCUCACAUGACUACAUACUGAAGAUUGUUCCGACAGUGUAUGAGGACCUAUCAGGCAAACAGAGGUUCUCCUACCAGUACACGGUAGCCAACAAGGAGUACGUUGCUUACAGCCACACGGGCAGGAUCAUCCCAGCCAUCUGGUUCCGAUACGACCUCAGUCCAAUCACAGUCAAGUACACAGAGAAGAGACAGCCCUUUUACCGUUUCAUCACAACAAUCUGUGCCAUCGUCGGCGGGACGUUUACAGUCGCAGGAAUCAUCGACUCCUGUAUAUUCACUGCUUCAGAGGCCUGGAAGAAGAUCCAGAUUGGGAAAAUGUCAUGAGUACUGCUCCCCACUCCUCCCUACAUCUUAUUUAUAUAAUGACAAAGUCGUUAGCCCGUUAGCUAAAUCCAAUCCUGCUCGAACCCACUUCCUUUUGGAGAAUGUACCAGCGUGAUCAAUGAAGUGGCUCCGGCACUCGAUCUAACUACCAGGCUGCACGGCUGCGUAUCAGUUUCUUAAGCUCCACUCGGGCUCAAUCUGCCCUGGUGACGCGUGGACGCCGACUAUCACAUGUCUGCUUCCUCCGUCUUCAGUCUUUUGUUACCGUGGAGAUGAAGUACUGCGUGGCAAGGUUCAACCAGUAUGGGUAUUUGAAGGCUGCGCCUGUUUUUUUAAAUUUCAUUCAACACAAAUCACAUAUAUUCCAUUAGGAUAUAACAGGAUAUUUUCAAGUUACGGCUUAGUGAUUAAUAGGGAAUAAUACAUAACUAAUUGUUUAAAUGAAUUUUAAAAAAUGUUAAUUUCUGCCACCACAGGUGUAACCGUACUGUUUGUUUUCCCAGAACUGCAGGGGAAUGAUCAUUUGAAGGAAAAUGUUCUGGUUUAUAAAACUGGCCUGAACUUUAAAGUAUUUCUGUAAUUAACACUUUUUCCUUUUUCUCAGCCCUUCCCAUUUUAUCUCCAGUAUUCAAACUGUGUGCCUUUUUAAGUUUCCUCUUCUACCAAACAGGGUUAUCAUCAUUUCUCAUGUGAGUUUGUCCACUAAAACCAGUUGCACCUAUUGCAUGUUACAACUUACUGUUUAAAUUCACUUUUUAGAGAUCAUUGUUUACCUUUCAGUCAAGUUAGUAUACCAAAUAUUUCACCAAUUUCCAUUACAUUUGAAAUACUGCAAAAAUAUAGUAAAUGUCUUGUUGUUUUCUAUAAGAGAUCAAUUUAUUUAGUUUGAGUUUAUUUUUUUACAUGGUACGUAAAUUUGUUUUUGUUUUUUAAAAGUUGUAAAGAAGAUUUUUAAGGAGGGAACCUGUAGGCCAAGGUGUUUUUCCUCUUUAGUUCCUCUUUCUUUUGUACUGUUGUGUGUAUAUAAGACCUCUCUGAUCACAAGCCCUUGGGAACUAGUCUUUCUUUUACAUUCUGUUCUGUCUUAAAUGAGUCUGUAAUGCUAUGUGUUUCUCAAGUAAAGGUCCCAUAAAAACCA